GUUAGCUUCUAUAAAACUCCAAAGCUCCAUAUAUACCAUCCCCUCUUCUCUACCCCCUCCCCCGCACCUCGACCCUACCCCUUACACCACUCCGUAUGCAAUUGUAUGUAUAUGUGUAUAUAUAGAACACUGUUAAGGGUUUCUUGUUUUUAAUCAUUGUUGAGAAAGUCACAUUUCGUCGAGUUAUAUUGUACGUAAUGCUUUGAAAUUUGAACAUUUUGUAUAAUCAAUCAAAUGGAGGAAGAAUUGUUAAAGCGCAACACUGAUUGUGUCUAUUUCUUAGCCUCUCCCCUCACUUGCAAGAAGGGAAUAGAAUGUGAAUAUAGACAUAGUGAGAUAGCUAGGCUCAACCCCAGGGACUGUUGGUACUGGCUGGCAGGAAGCUGUCUUAAUCCAACAUGUGCUUUUCGGCAUCCGCCAUUAGAGAGCCGUGCUGAGACAUCAUCGGAAUCUGCUCUUCCACACAAUAAAACUGCAGUGCCUGUUAACAAGACAAAUGUUCCCUGUUACUUCUAUUUCAAUAGCUAUUGUAAUAAAGGUGAAAGAUGUUCAUUUCUGCAUGGACCUGGUGAUGGUACAACUGCAUGGAAAUCCUCGAGUAUAGCGUCUGGAGUCCCUGAAGGACCAACAGCUGAGAAAAAGACGUCCGCAGGAAGUGAAACUGGUCCUGCAUCAGUGGAGAAGCACUAUAAUUCUUCUGAAACUGGGUCCAAGGCAGCAGCACAUGAAUAUAUCAAGUCAAAAGUGCAUCUCCCUUCAGUGAGUAAUGAUGUUGGUGAGCAGAGCGCUUCUCAUGAUAGUUCAGGAUCUCCUUCUGAAGAAGCUACAGCUGUAAGGUUAGAUUCCUUAGUCCCUGAUGAAGCCUUUGCCCAAGGAGGAUCCGAUUUGUCCCCCAACCGGAGCUCAGACGAAGAAGUGGAGGAAAUUGAGGAGAGAGAGGAGUGGUUGGAAUCAUCUCCCGGUUUUGAUGUUCUUGUUGAUGAUAGAGUAGAAGGUUUGAGUCACGAAGAUGAUCACAGUUACCUACUGCAUCAUGAUAUGGAAGACAGGGAGCUUGAUGAACGGUUUACUGGAUAUGAUUUUGAGAACAACCUUGAGUAUGAUCCUGCAUAUCCAGACUUGAGAAUUGUGUCUGAAGAAGAACUAGACGAUUCUUAUUGUAAUAAUGUUGAGAAUCAUGAGAUAAAUGAAUAUGUCAAAGAAAUCGUUAUCCCUGCUCGUGGAAGACAGAGUGUACCACUAAAAAGAAAGUUGCCCAGAGAACCGGAUUGUCGUGGCAGAGGCAAUGUGGACCUUCUGAAGAAGCGGCGAGUCAUUGAAAGUGAUCCUCCAAAUUACUUGUCUAGAAGGUUAGACCUGUCUAGGUUUAAUGCUCGUGAGCAUCGCAGGGAUAGGCAUCAGCCACAGGGUUCUCAGUGGAUGCCUCAGAGACUGGCUUCAAAAGUGGAAAGCAACGCUUCUUUCUCCUCCGGCUUUGUAGAUGCCACUCUUCUGGACGGUGCCAAUCAACUGAAGAAGUUGAGACAAUCCCACAGAAGCAGUUGCAGGCAGCAGCAUUUCAACGACAGGAGACGGGGCAGGUUGCGGCCUUUUGCAAAUGAAACCCCUAGGAGGAUGGCUUCUAGGCAGAGAUUGACUGAAGUUCCUAAGAUCUUUGGUGGACCAAAGACACUAGCUCAAAUUAGAGAAGAAAAGGUAAGAGGAAGAGAAGAUGGAUAUUCUUCUGAGAGAAUUGUGCCAUCUGGAGGAAAUGAAAGAGAAGAUUUUUCAGGUCCAAAACCUCUGAGUGAAAUUCUCAAAGACAAAAAGAGGCUGAGUUCAGUAGUGAACUUAGGUAAUUAGUAGAAUCAUAAAGCAAUUAGUGAACUUAAUGAUGAAAACUUAGUUCUGAAAAAGCUUUACUUUAGCUUGGUGCAAAGUUUUGUUUUGACAGUGUUAAAUGAUGGAAGUGAAAAUGGUAAGAUUUUUUUGUAGA